GCAAGACCUCACGAUCGCAUCUUACCAUGCACUUCGACUAGCACCUCCACCAACUCACAGUCCCAGGACGAUGGAUUGGGAGGUUCGGAAACCCUGGGAGCCGGUUAGAUGUGGGUUCGAGUCGAGUGAGAAUGCGGAUGGAUGACACCCAGGGCCGCCGGAUCUACACAUCGUGCUCUUUGCGGCAUCACGCACACCGCGCCGCUUUCCGCUUACCUCGACCGCAUCAAUUGCAUGCCCUCGACAACUCUCAACGACCGCGACCGUUGAACGCAACCGAGGAUACGGCUCCCAGAGGGGCGAUGCGCAGGAGUUGGAUGCACAAAUGGGCGGAGCACGAGAGUGCAUGGGGCUCAAGCUCACAGAUUACAUUCAUCGUGCAUCUCGGAUGCAGACGCGGGCCCGAUUCACGUCACGCAGCACAUUUUGCGCCGAUCGCACACCUUCAAAGCCCAUCGAUCGACUUUCGGGAACUGUUUCGAUGACCAAAACUGGGCGCAUGGGGCAUGGGAGCAGGGGAGUCGGAAGGGCAAGUGGGCGGAGCACUGCGAGGGCGGACGGGGCCAGGUCUAACGUAAUCGAUUACGACGUCUCGAGCAUGCGCUUGUCCAGUGGGAAUGGGGAGGGGCUUGGAUUUCGGUCGGAGGGGUGGAGCGCUGGUCCGCAGCUCGAUCUUGUGACCACCGUCACAUCGGCUUGCGCGAUCAUCGCUCUGCUCAUACAUCUGACCAGACAACCGCGGCCAGCAACGAACAGGUGUGGGGUGGAUGGGCUGGGGAGCUAAGGCUAGGCCUAGGGCAGCAGGGAUCGAGGGCGAGUGGGGAAGGUUUCACGCAAAGAGGGGGGACUACAGUAGACCCGUACACACCUCAUCCCCGCCCCAUUCGCUCGAUACGAGCGUUAAUGUGCGCGAGGGCGCUCAUAGGUUACUUAUCGACGUCCUAGCUCUUGAAUUUAUUGCUUCUGAGACUA